AUGUCGGCAGCAGUACAAUCCAAUGGGUCCGAGGCCGAGACCAUCAACACCAACAUUGUCACCCUCACCCGCUUCUUGACCGAGGAGCAGGUCAAGGUCAAGGAGGCAACCGGAGACUUCACUCUGCUCUGCCACGCCCUGCAAUUCUCUUUCAAGUCAAUUGCCUACUAUAUCCGAAGAGCAACACUCGUGAACUUGACUGGCUUGGCCGGCUCUUCCAACACCACCGGCGACGAGCAAAAGAAGCUCGAUGUCAUCUCCAACGACCUCUUCAUCGCCGCCAUGCGCUCCUCGGGCAAGUGCGCACUACUGGUCUCUGAGGAGGAGGAGAACGUCAUAUACUUCAAGGAGAACAAGAACGCCCGCUACGCCGUCGCCUGCGACCCCAUCGACGGCUCCUCCAACCUGGACGCCGGUGUCUCGGUCGGCACAAUCUUCGCCAUCCACAAAUUGGCCGAGGGCUCGACGGGCACCAAGGAGGACAUCCUGAAGCCGGGCACCGAGCUGGUCGCUGCCGGCUUCACCAUGUACGGCGCCUCGGCCCAGCUGGUCAUCACCAUGAAGGGCGGCGGCGUCAACGGCUUCACCCUCGACAACGGCGUCGGCGAGUUCAUCCUCACCCACCCCAACAUGCGCCUGCCCAAGAAGCGCGCCAUCUACUCCGUCAACGAGGGUAACUCGCUCUACUGGGAGGACAACGUCAAGGGCUACUUCGAGUCGCUCAAGCAGCCACAGGAGGACGCCAAGGGCAAGCCCUACAGCGCGCGGUAUAUUGGGUCCAUGGUGGCGGAUGCGUACCGGACGCUCUUGUACGGCGGUAUCUUUGCGUACCCGGCGGACAAGAAGGCCCCUAAGGGCAAACUGAGGAUCCUGUACGAGUGUGCGCCAAUGGCUAUGGUGUUUGAGAAUGCCGGUGGACAAGCCGUCAACUCAAAAAUGGACCGCAUGCUGGAAGUCGUCCCUGAAGAUAUUCACGACAAGUCAGGAAUCUUCAUGGGCAGCUGGGACGAGGUGGAGAGGGUCAAGCAAUUCCACAAAUCAUAA